CGGGGAUGGCGAGGCAGGCGGGAAUGGGGAUGGUUCUUAGCCUGCUCCUCUGCCUGCCCCUCUGCCUCCUGUCCCUCUACCUGCCGCGCCCGGCGGCGGCCCGGCCGCCCGCCCCGCACCUGGUGCUGGUGCUGGCCGACGACCUGGGCUGGGGCGACGUGGGCUGGCACGGCUCUGCCAUCCGCACGCCGCGGCUGGACGCGCUGGGCGCGGACGGCGUGCGACUGGAGCGCUACUACACCCAGCCGCUCUGCACCCCGUCCCGCAGCCAGCUGCUCUCCGGCCGCUACCAGAUCCACACAGGUUUACAACACCAGAUAAUUUGGCCAUGCCAGCCCAGCUGUCUGCCACUGGAUGAGAAACUCCUCCCAGAGCUACUUCAAGAGGCGGGAUAUGUUACUCAUAUGGUGGGGAAGUGGCAUUUAGGGAUGUACAGAAAAGAGUGCCUUCCAACCCGCAGAGGAUUUGAUACUUAUUUUGGCUAUCUUUUGGGCAGUGAGGAUUAUUACACUCAUGACCGUUGCGUUCUCAUCAAAACAAAGAAUGUAACGCGCUGUGCUCUGGACUUUCGAGAUGGAGAAGAAGUUGCAACUGGAUUUAAAAAUGUGUACUCCACAAAUUUAUUUACAGAAAGAGCAAUAGACCUUAUAGCAAAUCACACAACUGAGAAGCCCCUCUUUCUCUACCUUGCCUUUCAGUCUGUCCAUGAACCUCUUGAGGUCCCUGACGAAUACGUGAAACCAUAUUCUUUCAUAAAAGAUUUAAAGAGGCGCCGUUAUGCAGGGAUGGUGACUCUUAUGGAUGAAGCUGUAGGAAAUCUUACUGAUGCUCUGAAAACAAAUGGUCUUUGGGACAACACAGUUCUUGUUUUCUCUACUGAUAAUGGAGGACAGACUUUGGCAGGUGGGAAUAACUGGCCACUGAGAGGGAGAAAAUGGACCCUUUGGGAAGGAGGAAUAAGAGGAGUAGGCUUUGUUGCAAGUCCUUUGCUGAAACAAAAAGGUGUAGAAAGUCAUGAACUCAUCCAUAUCUCUGACUGGCUGCCAACACUGGUGCACCUUGCUGGAGGACAUACCAAUGGCACUAAGCCCUUGGAUGGCUUUGAUGUUUGGAAAGCUAUCAGUGAAGGAAGACCUUCUCCCAGAGUGGAACUGCUGCACAACAUAGACCCGAUGUUUGUGGAUGACUUCCCAUGUCUUGGCAUUGACAACAGGACAUCUUUACCGCAGAGCAAUUCUUCUCCAUGGGAUGAUACACUUUUCAAUAUAUCCAUGCAUGCAGCAAUACGACAUGGAAAAUGGAAGUUACUAACUGGAUAUCCAGGCUGUGGUCAUUGGUUCCCUCCACCAUCUUUGUUCAAUGAGUCUGAGAUUCAGUCAUCUGAUUCAUCAAUGAAGAGACUUUGGUUGUUUGAUAUUGUUCAUGAUCCUGAAGAGAGAAAUGAUUUGUCUGAAAAACAUCCUGAUGUGGUGGAAAAACUGCUCUCACGGCUUCAGUAUUAUCAUAAACGUUCAGUGCCUGUGUUCUACCCUGAUGAAGAUCCCGGCUGUGAUCCAGCAGCAACUGCAGCUUGGGGUCCUUGGGCAUAGUGCAGCUUUGCAUCCUGCAAAAAACAAACCCUAGUAGAGUCUGUAUAAGGAGUCAGAGUCCUAGUUAAGUAUAUCUUACUUUCUUUGAUGACCUAUUGGUAAUUGUGAACUUAUCCCUUGAGUAAUUUAGUAUUUCUUACUCUUCAUGGGUUUGGAAUUUUUUCAGUCUUUUCUCACACUCUUGUUCCCAAAAAUUGUGAGUGAAAUGUUAGUAAAAGUAUAAAUCUAUCUUUUUUUAUAUUCUUUGUCUGGAAUAUGCUUUUAAUGCAGAAGAUAAAACAUUGCCUCCUUCCUUGAAAGAGAUUAAUUUUCUUAAAAAGCUGAAAGUAAUCAUGGCAGCAGGGACAUCCAGAAUGCAUCCAUCUGAUUUUUGGUUUCAUGUGUAAAGUCUUUACAUUGUAAAGACUAGAAAAAUAUAAUACAAGAGUUGGCAUAACAUCACAUUUUUAGCUUCCCUGUACAAGAGGAGUAUUGCCCAACUGGAGUGAGUUCAGUGGAGAACCAUGAAUAUGAUCACAGGGAAGACAGCAAGCAAGGGGAGGCUAAAGAAAUGGGUUCAUUUACACUACACUGAAGAAGAAAAGGGAGGUUGCUAUCUUCAGCUAACUAAUGUGAGGGCAUAGAAAAGAGGAAGCCAGGCUCUCCUCAGAGGUACACAAAGAUGAAAAACAUACAGGGAACAUCUGGAGUUCCAAUGCAAAGAAGAAAAUUAAAAAAAAAAUCAUACCAUGAGUUUAGUCAAAUAAGGGAACUGUGAGACUAUGGCAGCCCUGUUCCUGGAGAUGUUCAGUCUUUGGCUGGAGAAGAUUCUGAACAACAUGAUCUAUCCCUGAAGUUGGAUCAAAUUUGAAGUUGACUCUGCUUUGUUAGAGGUGGUGAGGAACAAAUGGGUGACCUCCAAAGGCCACUUUCUGCAUGAAUUAUUCAAUGAUUCUAUGAUGAACAAAACCUUACUUUUAUUGCCUGCCUAGUAAGCACCCUUUCUUCUCCUAAAUUGUUUCUUUAUUACCAUAGUGGAGUCUGUUUUCAUUCUGGAGUGGGCUCUGAGCCAUAGAGAAAACAGGCCAAGCAACAUUUCUCAGUUACUUAUCAAAUUGAUGAGAGAGCAAUCCACCAGCUCUAUUAAGGUCAAACCUUGAAUCUGGUACUGCUUCUUGGUGUCCUUGACCAGGUUUCAGGAUGCAGAGCUCAAUUUAUCAUCGUCUCCAGAAAAGAGGGAUCUAAUUGUCUUUUUUCUGGCUCCAGGACCAACUCAUAUAAUUGCACUAAAAUUUUGCACAACUUCUCACAGUUUUCUCUCAGGAGAUUUUGUACCUUUACCACCUGCAGCUUACUGUCUGCUGUAGCUCUAAUCCUUCCUAUUGACUGAUUGUCAAUCUACUAACUUGUGGAAAUUGUGUAGACCAAACUUUCAGGCUGGAAGGUGUAAAUACAGCAGCUUGCCCAAGGUGCUUUUGAAGCAUGCCCCAACAUGAGCCAGGCUGCUGAGGCUUUCAUUCUUCCUGGUGUGAUACACUGGAGGCCUGCACCAUGAUGGAGGAGGAAGGAUAAGCACUCUCUUCAUCAGCUACGGGAAUAUUUUGCUUACAGGUGUGGAAGUUACAAGUUAAGAAUUGGACAACUUGUGAGUUAGAAGCCUCAUGAAUUAAGGAACGGAUUAGUGAAUUCUCCUCUAGUCUAGUCUGUACAAAGGGCACUGAGCCUUUGUUAGUUUCUUUUCCUAAUGAGCUCAUAAAAUAAUUUACAGACUGUGUUGUCCUGUAAAUUAGAGAAAUCCAAUUUGGACCAUGACAAUCUUGGCUUCAGAGUACAGCAGCAUUUCACUUUUGAGCUUUUGAAGAUUCUGAUAACUGAGGUUCUGUUAUUUGCUGACCACAUCAAGGGAUGGAAAAUAUAAGCAACAAAACCUUUUUAUAAGCUAUUCCAUGAUGUUGACAAAGCCUGCACCUUCCUUCAGUAGCUCUAGAAAAACCUUAAUUGCAGUUAUCUUUUCUAACUAUUGCAGCUUGCCUAUUUUAUACCGAUGUAAUGAUUUAUGCUAGUUUAUAGCUUAUCUGUUUAGUGCAACUGUUUUAUAUCCUAAUUGUCUGUAGCAUACAGUUAGUAACAUGAGUUGGAGUAUGGGAUUCUGAAAGAGUAAGGUGUCAAAUUUUGCCUUCUGUGACUUUUAGAUUUACUAUUUUUGUAUGUAUCUUAAUGAUGCAUGUUGUCCUUCAAAUAUCUUUUUGAGAUAAAUCGUCCAAAUAGCAGAGCUUCCAUCAGUCCUCAUUCAUUCAGAAAAUGUUGGUUGGUUUAUUUUUGCCAUCAAAUGCAGAUGGAGACGUUGACACCAUUCCCCAGUGUGUAAGGCAAGUAGAUUCAAUGAGUUUACAUUAUUCUAACUCUUUUUUCAUAGGGCAUAUUCAAGACUAGAAAGCUAACUGUUCUCAGUCAAUAUCCACAUAUAACAUUUUAGUUUAUAGUAGCCAUUACAAGAUGUGGUUGCCGCAAUAACAAGGGACUGGACUUGGGGUUGGGGGGAAUUUCUUCCCUACAUUCCUGUGUGUCCUUCAGCAUUUGGCACUCAUAUUACAUGAGGAAAGAUGUUGGCUUACCUACAAAAGCAGGAACUUUUGUUAAUGAUAUUUUAAUAGAGGUAUUGCUCUUUUUUAUGCUGAUAUCUAGUUUCAUGGAAAAGAAAGAAACACCAGCGAAGUUGUAAAAGCUCAAGUAAAUAAUAUGUUUGAGUCUCCUUGGCUAAAGUUAGAAAACAUUAAAAACCAUUUAAUUUUAAUUUCAGAGGUAAGUAGAGCUUUUAUGUAUUCUCUUUUCUCUGUGUCCUACAAUCUGCAUUUUAGUAUCUUGCUGCUAUUCUAGUUCAUGUAAUUAAUUUACUAGGAAGAGACUGUGGCACAUCACUGUCUUGUAUAGGUAUUCAAUUCACCCUCUGUUUGCUCCUGUUAUAUUUUAAAAUCCAAAGAUUCAUUAUUUUCUCAGCUACAGUAUACAUCAUUAUUUAUUUUCUGAUUUUCCAUGGGUGGUCCUUCAUAAAACAUUUUAGUUGAAUUGGGUUAGGAAAAAAAAGCCCAUCUGGCUGACAUGUUUAGGUUGGCAUCUGCAAAGAGUUGUAUACUGUUCAAUUGUUUCAAACUGGAAAAAUAGAGAAUUCUUUGUAUAUUUUGUGGUUACUUAACAUUCAAAAAUGCAAGUAUUUUGAACUCUCUAAAUAAAACUUCAUUUCAUCCCU